AUGAUGAUUUUUUUCAUGAACUUCCAGAAACUUUUCCAUCUGACCCUCCAGAGCCAUUGCCCCACUUCCUCAUCGAACCCGAAGAGGCUUACAUUGUGAAGAACAAACCCGUGAAUCUGUACUGCAAAGCGAGCCCAGCCACGCAGAUCUAUUUUAAGUGCAACAGCGAAUGGGUUCAUCAGAAGGACCAUGUGGUGGAUGAGAGAGUAGAUGAAACCUCUGGUCUGAUUGUCCGAGAGGUAAGCAUUGAGAUUUCCCGCCAACAAGUUGAGGAGCUCUUCGGGCCCGAAGAUUACUGGUGCCAGUGCGUUGCCUGGAGCUCUGCAGGCACCACCAAGAGCCGGAAAGCCUACGUCCGCAUUGCAUAUCUCCGGAAAACUUUUGAGCAGGAGCCCUUGGGGAAAGAAGUGUCCCUGGAGCAAGAGGUCCUGCUCCAGUGCCGUCCCCCUGAAGGCAUCCCAGUAGCCGAGGUGGAGUGGCUGAAGAACGAAGAGGUGAUUGAUCCUGUGGAAGACCGAAAUUUUUACAUCACCAUCGAUCACAACCUGAUCAUUAAGCAAGCCCGGCUUUCUGACACGGCCAAUUACACUUGUGUCGCCAAAAACAUUGUGGCCAAAAGGAAAAGCACCACAGCGACUGUGAUUGUCUAUGUGAACGGAGGCUGGUCUACCUGGACUGAGUGGUCAGUGUGUAACAGCCGAUGCGGGAGAGGCUUUCAGAAGCGUACGAGGACCUGCACCAAUCCUGCCCCACUCAAUGGUGGUGCCUUCUGCGAGGGCCAGAGUGUUCAGAAAAUAGCUUGCACCACUCUGUGUCCAGUGGACGGCAAGUGGACGUCCUGGAGCAAGUGGUCCACCUGCGGCACGGAGUGCACCCACUGGCGCCGGAGGGAGUGCACGGCCCCGGCGCCGAAGAACGGGGGUAAGGACUGCGAGGGGCUGGUGCUGCAGUCCAAGAACUGCACCGACGGGCUCUGCAUGCAGGUGCAAAUGGAGCUGGCAUUUGACCAGCGGACGGCUGGGGUUGCCAGCUUGGCUGGGAUGCUGAAAGUCAACCCAAG